CGCUCUGGCCCCGCCCCCGCAGCCAUGUCGUCGUCGUCGUCGGCGCGCAGCCGCCGGGCGGCCGGGGCGAAGGGGGGAGCCCCCGCGGGAGCCCCCGCGCCCGGCGAUGCGCAGCGGGGCAUGGCGCCGCCGGGCCUCAGCGUCUGCCUGCGGCUCCUGGCCGCCGCCUUCUACGGCCUCAGCUCCUUCCUCAUCGUCGUCCUCAACAAGAGCGUCCUCACCACCUACGGGUUCCCGUCCUCGCUGUGCGUGGGGCUGGGCCAGAUGCUGGCCACGGUGGCAGUGCUGUGGGCGGGCAAGGCGCUGCGCGUGGUCAAGUUCCCCGACUUCGACAGGCACAUACCUCGCCGGACGUUUCCUCUACCUCUCCUGUACUUCGGGAACCAAAUCACAGGACUGUUCAGCACAAAGAAACUAAACCUGCCAAUGUUUACAGUCCUGCGAAGGUUCUCCAUCCUGUUUACAAUGUUUGCUGAAGGAUUUUUGCUCAAGAAGAAAUUUUCUUGGAGUAUUCAGAUGACAGUAUUUGCAAUGAUAAUUGGCGCGUUUGUAGCUGCUAGCUCUGACUUGGCAUUUGAUUUGGAAGGAUAUAUUUUUAUCCUUAUUAACGAUGCCUUAACAGCUGCAAAUGGUGCCUAUGUAAAGCAGAAGCUGGAUUCAAAGGAGCUGGGAAGAUACGGUCUGCUAUAUUACAAUGCACUGUUUAUGAUACUUCCCACCUUGAUCAUUGCCUAUUUCACCGGAGAUGCGCAAAAGGCGAUGGAGUACCAAGGCUGGGCGGACGCGUUCUUCGUCGUGCAGUUUACGCUGUCGUGUAUAAUGGGAUUUAUUUUGAUGUACUCCACGGUUCUUUGCACUCAGUAUAACUCUGCUCUUACAACUACAAUAGUUGGCUGCAUUAAGAAUAUUUUAAUAACCUAUAUUGGGAUGUUUUUUGGAGGAGACUAUAUUUUUACAUGGACAAACUUCAUUGGUCUAAAUAUCAGUAUUGCUGGAAGCCUGGUGUAUUCCUACAUCACUUUUACAGAGGAGCAAAUGAACAAGCCGUCUGAAGCUGGCAUCAAGAUGGACAUUAAAGGAAAAAGCUCUGUGUGACCAGGGAAGCGCUUUUCGGGAAAGCAAACUCUCCUUGUUCAGCUGAUCACGGGCAGAGCGCAGUAAGGAAUCGGGGGUGUCUGCUACGGAGUAAUGUUGGUCCUGGUGAUUUGCACAAUCGCGAUUGCUGCCUUUACAGAUUAUUGACAAGAUGCAUUUAAGAACACGUGUGAUUGAGUCUGAUCAUGAGGAAUUCCUGGGGUUUUAAUUAUGCUGAAAUUUGGCUGUAGGGACUGGCAGAGGUGGUGUGAACUUGAGAGAAUUGCAUCCGUUUUGGGAGGGCUGAACUUCCUUGGCUGUGUUUUGUCUCUUUACGAGGACGUGUGACACAUGCAGCUGCGGCUUAGCCUGCAUCUGAGCAGCAGCGCAGCAAGGUGCUGGGCAGCUGAUUCCCGAAUUAGCUCCCUUCGGUGGUUUGCCCCAGUGAAGGGAGGCGCGAGUCGCUGUCUGGGGGGCCCCGGGCCCCGUCGGAGGCGGCAGCCAGGGCCGCUGCCCCAGCUGGGAGCAGCCCCCGGUCCAGGGAGCAGCGGGACGGUGCAGAGCCGUCGGGCGCUGCCGUCGUCGCGGGGCGAGAGCUCGCGGGGCGAUGCUGCGAGAAGGGCGCCGAGCUGGGGACAGGAUCCCUGCCGCCGCGGGGCCGAGCACGCCCGGCAUUGCCGUCGUGUGACCGAUACGAGCCGAGCACGUUAGCCUUGUCCAAAUCCUGCCCUGCAGUUCGCUUCUGAGGUAGUAAAGUUUCUUUGGGUCGGUUAAAGGAUUUUUAACGCAUCAGGCAGUGUCCGCUGACGUUAAGAAUCGCCCUACGCAGCACUUCUAGGUGUCUCCCCUGGGUUGUCUUCUGGUUGAAAAAAAAGAAUUCUUGUUUAUAAUUUUGGCAAAAGGUUUUUUUUUUUUUUUUGGUAAAACUAUAUUUGUGUUUAUUUUUUUUUCUACACUUUCCUUUUAGUCACUAGGGAAGAGGCUUCCAUAGACAACAUAGUUUGCUUCUGGAAGGUAUUUGCUAAAAAGUAAUUGUGGUCUUUAGACAAGCUGUAUUUAUUGGAGUAUUUUAUAUGUAGCUGUACAUGUAACGGAGAACUUGUGCCAUAGCUGUGCAAAACCAUAACAUAUGUUUUAACUUGGUGCAGUACUGGACCAAAUACAAAGGCUUUUAGCCCAGCCCAGGUAAUCGUGUCACUUGCUCGCCUGCACUCUCCUGAGAUUAUUUUUUAUCACGUUUGCUUGUAACUUUGCUGUGCUGAGGCAUUUGCGGCCAGGAUGUUGGUUAUGUUGAGAGCUUUGGGUUUUUAUUUUAAAUCUACUGGUUAGAUUUAUUGUCCAAACGGUAAAAUAUUUUUAAAGCGUAUUUUGUUUGUAAACGUGCACACUUUAGUGCCAAGGUCUGGCUGGUAUUGUAUACACUGGGAAAGUAAACAGAGUUCAUACAGCAGUAUUUUCUAUGCUAUUAAUCUACUUAAAUGUUUUUCUAUAUAGACUCUAUUUACAAAAUUACCAUUUUAGUGAUUAAAAGGGUGACCUUUUUAUUUGAAUGUAUGGCAGGCUUUAUAUCUAAGUCAAUAAUGAUAGCGAAAAGAAUUUUAUGUGCCUAUGUAUUUUUGUACUGGCUUCAAAUAAACUGAUGACCAUUU